AUGAUUGAAAGCGAUAGAUUAUAUUACGUACGGAAGCAACAAAAAGUUCUCCGAUGUGAAUCUUAUGAGAAAUUGCGUAAGUUUCAAGAUCAAGGGAAUAAGAAUAUUUCGGAAUUGGGCCAACGGGUUAUAUUACCUUCUUCUUUUACUGGUGGUGCACGUUACAUGAUGCAAAACUACUUAGACGCCAUGUCGCUUUGUAAGUGGUUUGGAUAUCCUGAUUUUUUCAUAACAUUUACAUGCAAUCCAAAAUGGCCAGAAGUUCGAAGAUUUCUUAAAGACACUACUCUUAAUCCAGAGGAUAGACCUGAUAUCCUAUGUAGGUUGUUUAAGAUCAAACUUGAUGCAUUGAUUAAAGACCUACGCGAAAAUGCAGUAUUUGGCAUGUUGUUUAUUUCUAUAUAUGCGGUUGUGUAUACAAUUGAGUUUCAAAAGCGUGGUUUGCCUCACAGUCAUAUUUGUCUAUUCAUGCAACCUGAUUACAAGCUUCCUACCGUGGAACACAUUCAUCAAUUUAUUUCAGCUGAGAUUCCCGACAUUAACCAAGAUCAUGCUUUGUAUAAACUUGUGAAGGAGUUCAUGAUACAUGGUCCAUGUGGUGCUCAAAAUGUUAAUUGCCCUUGCAUGGUGGAUAACAAAUGCUCUAAAAACUUCCCAAAGAAUUUCUCUGAACAUACUUCAAUUGAUCAGAAUGGUUUUCCUGUAUAUAGGAGAAAAAAUGAUGGAUCGUUUGUCGAAAAAUCUGGUGUCCAGUUAGAUAACAGAAAUGUUGUUCCAUACAACAAAUACCUUUUGAAACGAUACCAAGCACACAUAAAUGUUGAAUGGUGCAAUCAAGGAUCUUCCAUCAAGUAUUUAUUCAAAUAUAUUAAUAAAGGUCCUGAUAGAGCAACUAUUGGUUUUGUACAAAGCAACAAUGACUGUGAUAAAGAUGAUACAGUCGAUGAGAUAAAAGAAUACUAUGAUUGUAGAUAUCUUUCUGCAUGUGAAGCAUCCUGGCGAAUUUAUGGAUAUGAUGUUCAUUACAGGCAUCCUUCAGUGAUGAGACUUCCUUUUCAUCUUCCAAAUCAACAACAAGUUAUCUACGAUGCAGAUGACGACAUCGACAAUGUUCUCAACAAGCCUUCUGUUGCUUCUUCCAUGUUCACGUCUUGGAUGGAGUGCAAUAAAGUUUACAAACAAGCAAAAAAACUAACUUAUGUUGAAUUUCCAACAAAGUUUGUUUGGAAGCUUGAUUUGAAAACUUGGAAGCCAAGGGAGGUUGGAUAUUCGAUUGGUAGAAUUCAUUCAGUGUCACCUAAUCUUGGUGAAGCAUAUUUCUUAAGAAAUCUUUUAGACAAAGUGAAAGGACCAAAAUCAUUUGAAGAAAUCCGCAUGGUUAAUGGUGAAAUAUGUCCUUCAUUUAGAGAUGCAUGUUAUGCUCUCGGCCUCUUAGAUGAUGAUAAAGAAUACAUCGAAGCAAUUAAGGAAGCAACUCAAUUUGGAUCCGGUUAUUACUUACGUUUCUUAUUCGCUAUCAUGUUAUUAUCUCACAGUUUGUCUAGCCCGGAUGUUGUGUGGGAAAAUACAUGGGAAUACUUAUCAGAUGGAAUUCUUUACACUCAACAACGAAGAUUAAAAUCUCCAGGUCUAUCACUUAAUGAAGAUCAAAUUAAGAACCUGACUUUGUUUGAGAUUGAACAAAUUUUACUUCGUAACAAUUUAAGUCUCAAAAACUUUACAAGAAUGCCUUUACCCGAUGUUGAUUCUGUAUCCUCUUCAAACAAUCGUCUUAUCAGUGAGGAACUAGAUUAUGACAUACCGAAUUUAAAGAACGAGUUUGAACGGCUUUAUAUUGCGUUAACAUCCGAACAACGAAACAUUUUUGAUGAUAUCAUGACUGCAAUAAAUAAUAAUGAAGGAGGUGUUUUCUUUGUCUACGGUUAUGGUGGAACAGGUAAAACCUAUCUUUGGAAGACAUUAUCUGCUGCAGUUAGAUGUAAUGCUCAAAUUGUUUUAAAUGUUGUGUCAAGUGGGAUUGCUUCUUUAUUAUUAAUCGGUGGUAGGACGGCACAUUCACGGUUUAUAAUUCCUUUGGUUCUUACUGAGGUUUCUAUUUGUUCGAUAUCACCAGAUAGUGAACUCGCCAGUUUAUUACGAAAAACCUCAUUAAUCAUUUGGGAUGAAGCACCCAUGAUUCACAAGCAUGCAUUUGAAGCUUUAGAUCGAACUUUGAAAGAUAUAUUCAAGUGUGAUGAUUCUAGAAACUCAAAUUUGCCAUUUGGAGGGAAAGUGAUUGUUUUUGGAGGAGAUUUUAGACAAAUUUUACCUGUUAUCCCAGCUGGUAGUAGACAAGACAUUGUCAAUGCUUCCUUAAGUUCAUCAUAUUUAUGGAAACAAUGCAAAGUCUAUCAACUAACCAAGAAUAUGAGGCUAACUGUCGGAAGUCAUACAUCUGCUAUUCAAAAGACAAUGGAUUUUGCAAAAUGGCUUUUGGAUAUAGGAGAAGGGAAACUUAGUGGUUCUAACGAUGGCGGAGCAAUUAUUGAUAUUCCAGAUGGUCUUCUAAUUAAUGAUCCUUAUGAUCCUAUAGGUUCAUUAAUCGAGUUUGUAUACCCUUCAAUUCUUGAAGCUUCUAGCAUUCCAAAAUAUUUUCAAGAAAGGGCAAUACUUGCUCCAAAAAAUGAAGUUGUUGGAAAAAUAAAUGAUCGUUUGCUAAAAUUAUUUCCAGGAGAUAAAGUCGAAUAUCUAAGCUCGGAUAAACUAUGUGAAUCUGAGUUUGUCCAUGAUCACUUUGAUGCUAAUUUAUACUCACCAGAUGUUUUAAAUGGUCGUAAAGUCUCAGGACUGCCUGAUCAUAAGUUAGUUUUGAAAAUCGGGGUUCCGGUUAUGUUAUUGAGAAACAUUGAUCAAAAAAAUGGCUUAUGUAAUGGCACUAGACUACAAGUGAUAUGUUUGGGCAAACGUGUUAUUGAGGCAGUUAUCAUAACUGGAAGUAAUAUUGGAAAUCGGACAUUUAUUCCAAGAAUGACCUUGACACCAUCUGAAAAAAAAAUCUCAUUCAAAUUCCAAAGAAGACAAUUUCCAUUAGCUGUUUGUUUUGCAAUGACAAUUAACAAGAGCCAAGGACAGUCCUUAUCUAAGGUUGGUUUAUUUUUGAAAGAUCCGGUUUUUACACAUGGUCAGUUGUAUGUUGCCCUAUCUAGAGUUCAAAGUAGAGAAGGAUUAAAAUUGUUAAUUUUAGAUAAGGAUGGUAGGCUUACAAAUAAAACUUCUAAUGUUGUUUAUAAAGAAGUUUUCAGAAAUUUGUAG